UGUGACUGCCACUAAAAACACUGAUUUUAUUGUCUGUAAACCAUUUUGAAACUAGUUCACAUUUUGCAUGGUGUUCUUUAGCUUGCAUACUUCUUCUAUUUCCUUCUCAAUGUAAAAUACAUUAUGGCUAAUCACAGAUAGCAGAACAUAACACCACAAGAACAAGUUGACAAUAACUAGUCAUGAAACAGAUGAAGAGAAACAUGUAGGGAGAGAAAGUUCUGAUGAGAUGCAAUCGGUAAAAGGUUUACAAAGGAUCAACUUUAAAAAUUAUUUUCCAAAAAAAGACUGAAAAAUGAAAGAAUCAAACUUGACCUUUUGAGAUUAACUGCAAAAAAUGAACUGUUGGGGCUUGGGAACAUCUCCUCCACCAGAGGUCUCCCUCGAGCCGCUAGGUGUACUCCUUCCACAGGUGUCCCUGAUUUUCAUCUGAUUGUGGAUGCCUAGGAGGAGUUCUUUGGAGCCAAGCCACCAGUCCUUUGACGCCAGAGUGUUUUGCCCUUGUGUACCUGUGAGAUGUGGGCGGAUUCACUUAUCCAGAACUGUGUUCUAACCUGAAUUUCAUACCUACUGUUUGACCUUGGAUCUCCUACAUUUAGGCUGAUUGGUUUGGCUCCCAGAUUCCUAACCUCCACUGUAACCUCCUGGGAUUGUUUACCUGCCUGGAACCCAUAAAGCCCAAGAAGCCUUUGUGCCCUCCUGUGGUUGACUGACCUGAGAAAACCCUGAACUUAAAUGUAGAUAAUCAGCUCCCAUGUUUGAAGCAUUGUCUGUGGAUUUGGACAAGGAGAAGACAGCUUACUUGCUUUUUACCGAUUUGCAACUGUUUCAGAUAACAAUGGAAAGGCAGUAUAACACCAACUUCAACUAUACUGAGGACUUCAAUAUCACUGACUACAGCAACCAAUAUGACUUUAUUAUUCAAUUAAGCAUGCAUAUUGUGGAAUGUAUAGUUAUUUGCAUAGGACUUCCAUUGACGCUGGUGGCCAUCUGUGCAGUUUAUUGUCUGGCCCGAAAAGAUCAUUCUGCUCCAGUCUACAUCAUCAACCUUCUCAUUUCUGACCUCAUUCAACUCUGCUGCCUGGCUGCUUGGAAGGCAGGAAAGUUUCAUGACAUCAUCGAGUACAGCUACACUUUUGCUUUAAUGGCCAGUGUUGGAUUCAUGGUGUGCAUUUCCCUAGAGAGGUAUUUGGUCAUUGCCAAGCCGCUGUGGUACAGAUACAGGAAAAAAAUCAAGACAUCUCUGAUGGUGUGUGCUGUUGUAUGGACACUGGCAGUUGUUUCUUUUCUCCCUCUUUGUUUUAAUGUUCACUAUUGGGUUGAAACAAUCAUCCAUGCUGUCUUCUUUUUCCUCCCCCUCCCCUUGUUCAUUUUCUUCCUUGUUGGGACCAUCAAAGCUCUGUCUGCAGCUCGCAGUGUCCCUGGUGAGGAAAAACGAAGAAUAGUAUCAAUUCUCGUUGCGGUGCUGCUGAUUUACACACUGCUGUUUGUUCCUAACAUUAUUUGGUCCGUUGUGGAAGAAGCAAGAUAUUGCCAGAUUUUAACCAAUUUGGCUUGCAUUUGUCUUUAUUUAAGUCCUCUGGCAGACCUGACCAUGUACUUUUGUAUUAAAAAAAGUGCAAUGGACAAUUUUCUGAAAGUUCUGUGUUGUUGUAAUAUGUCCGACAAUCAGGAAACAACCAGCACAGCUGUUGAAAACAUGUCUGCUCUAUGCACUGAGACAGUCUAAACUCAGCCUAAAUGUGUGGGACUCUGUGGGGCUAUCUGCAAUUCAGGCAAAUUUUCUGCUGAUCUAAUCCUUUCCUUGUCAUAAUGGCAAUACACUUUCAUUCAUGACAGUUUUCAUUUGUCAAGUCAGACUUUUCUGUAUCUGAAUGUGUCUGUUUCAUUUUUUAUAAGCAUAUUAUUUUUUU